AUGGAGCUACCUACGGUGAGCAGCAACUCGAGCAUCUCCGAUAAUCCGGAAUUAAGAAACUACUACGAUAACCUGCUGUUCAAGAACCAGAGCGGGAAGUCAUUGACGGACCUGCCCCGCCAACUUAGACAGCAGCACGGCGAGGUGUCGCCCUGGGCUGUGACCGGGACGCGUCCCGCACCUAGACCCGAUCAGGUUUACCCCGGGGACGAGGCUGUACAGGUCGGUAGUUUUGACUUCAUCAACGGGUUUCAGAACACACUCACAAUGCCCUCGACACACGGUGGUCGCUUCAAUACGCCCGCGGCGCAAUUCUUCCAGCCCACAGGCGAGAGGGUCUCCACGGCAUCGACGGGCGUGUCUAUGCCGUUUGCAGCAAGCAACUCGUUUCUCCCCUCCGUGACACAGCUGCACUCGCGGAGCAACAACGACUCGCAACUUUUUAGAGGCACUAUGGGAAGGAGAAUGUCUACGGACAACGCUCCUCCGACGUUCGGGGCGGCCACGGGUCCCCCUGCAGCGGUGUACAUGGGUGGAUCGCUCUCGCAUGACACUAGAAACAGAAUGCAACAGCAGAAACCGAUCGGCAGUGAAAGGAGGUCCUCUUACAUCUCGGAUCACUUGAUUGAUGCGCACCCGCCCCAUUGGAAUGGCCCGGACAGCUCCCAACAACAGGUGCCACAAAUUGGUGGUGCUUACCAGCCCAGACAGGCGCAGCUGCACAGCAGACAAAACAGACCGCAGUGCGAUACUGGGGAUUUCAACGCGGUAGCGACUUAUCAAAGCAACAAUGCAGUGUUCGAACAUGGCUACCGCGGACAAGUGGACCGGCACUACACUGCUGCCCCGGAAUUGCCCAUGGAAAACGGCUUGUUGUGCAUCAACGGCAUGGAGAUUGUGUCGUCCCCCGACUUGCACCAACUGUACGAAAACUGCGGACUGAACUACUUCUCAAGCCAAGUCACUUACGAGUUCAUUGACUAUAUUAAGGUCCUUGUGGGUGAUGCUCCCAAGAGCUCCCAGCACACAGAAGACUCCAAGGUUGGGGCAGUGCAGCAAUUCAUAGACUUUUUGAGAAACUGCAAUGCGAACUUCACCUCAAACGCAAUCAUGAAAGACUACAAUAUCGGCGGUCUGAACAAACUGGGGGUGAACAACUCCUCUGUCAACGUCGGGAACUCGUCCAACUUUUCCCAAGAUAAACCACUCGUCCUUGUUGCGUUGAAGAACGGGAAGUUGGAACUUCUGUCCACGCAGCAGAAUUCAAACCUGUUCUUGAAGAGAGGGGACUUGGUCAUUAUUGACGGAGACCGUGGUAAGGACCUCGUGCAAGUCAUCGAGCCCCGUGUGUCACUGAACUUGGCCCUAUUCACAAACUUCCUCAAGAAGAAAGUCCACUUUGACUCGUUGAUCACCUCAAAGAGCCAGCAUUACCCUAACAGCGAUUUCAUCCGGUCCCUUGUUGGGUCCAAGCAGGGGUCGAAAACUACAGAGCUCAACUCAAAACUGUACGAUGUGAUUGAGCUGACACAGUUGAUCAUCCCCUCGAAGCAGGUCCUCAGAUUUGCAACGCCUUUGGAGGUUACCACAAAUUUGCAUCACAAAUUCCAAGAUGAGCUCAAGGCGUUACACAUCGCGCAGUUGAAGUUGCAAUUGCUAAACGGUAACAGACAAAGCAAUAACGAGGAGAACGGCGGGUCACACGCCCACAAAAAGCCGCUCAACAUCAAAAUUCUAAACACGGAAUUCCAAUUCGAUCGCAAGAAGCUAACCUUCUACUACAUCUGCGAGGAGAGAAACGACUUCAGGGAGCUGAUCAAAGAACUUUUCAAAUUCUACAAGACGCGGAUCUGGCUCUGCGCUAUCCCGAAUAACUUGAGCAUCGACUCAAAGUACUACGACGACCAACGGAGGGAACUUAACCUUUACGAAGACAUGGUUAAAAACUACACCGCAGAAAACCCGAAAUCGGCGGAUACCGUGAUCCAAGAGGACGACUCCGUUCUGGCGCCGCCGUUGAAUAAAAUCCAGCUGGACAACUUCCAGAUUGGUGUCUACAAGGAGUUGGUCAAUGAACUCUUCUGA